AUGGCGAAUCAUCUUGCUUUGACGGACGAUGUUAACCAAAUUACCCGUAAAUUCCAGGAUCUAGAAGCGAGCAGUUCAACCUCCCUUCACCGUAAUAGUUCCCCACAUCAACAAAACUUUCAGUCUCUUCCUCCUAAUGUUGAUAUUGAACCUGAGAAUAUGACUUAUGAGGAGAGUCGAUCGGAAAUGUCAGCAAAGGAUUGUCGAAGACAAGAAUCAGUCAAAUACCAACUCAUAAGUACGGGGAGACCUCAUGGUUUAAAAAGAAAAACCAUGCUUCCGAAAAUACUCAGUGUUCGAUAUGUCUUCUCGAAUUCGUCAAGGGAAAUACGCUAUCGACUUUGCCAUGUGCUCAUAUCUAUCAUAAGGAAUGCAUUUCACUAUGGUUGGAACAAAACAAGAUUUGCUGCGUUUGCAACUCAGAGAUUGAACGAUAGUGUCGUGCCAAGGUUUUUUGGGGGCUAA